UUUCGGAAUUUCUUGUUCCGGUCGUAUCGUUUCGUGCAGGUGAUGCUAAAUGUUGUCGUAGUCGCUCAGUUAAAUUAUUGCUGCUAGAAGACAUACGUAACUGUCUUGGAGUGGUGGUGGUUAUUGGCG